CGGUGAAAUACAGAGAUUGGUUCUCUCUCUCUCUCUCUCUCUCUCCAUAUGUGCUCAGCCUACGACUGACUUGGCGGCCGGUCCAGGUGUGAGGCCGCCUUUAGCUCCAUCACUAGCGGGUGAGCCCCGCCCCCUCUCGCCGACCGAGAACGGGAAUCCCCAAAACAGCAACGUACUUCGACGUUUUGCGGUGAAAAUAGUUUUUGCCAUUUGGUUGUUUUCGAAUCAACUCGUCUCACCACCGAAGUGUCUCAUUUGGCCACUCGGUGGUCGCCAUACCAUACGAGAUGGAGCCAAGCCUGGAUGACUUGUCUCUGAGCCAAGGGCUCCAGUUGAGCCAACAGUCCUUCAGUAUUUUCUGGGACACCUACAUGACGUCUUCCCUCCCUCCUGAUAAUGACCCGUCCAGCAUCAACCUGCUUCAAGACUCGCGAGAGGAAUUUGACGAGAUCAUCGACAUGCCAGCGGAGGCGCUCGCCAAUGAAGGCGUCCCCCCACCGGCUUCCGCUGUGCCGGUCACCACGGACCAUCCCGGGGAAUAUGACUUCCUGCUCCGCUUCCAGAAAUCUGGAACUGCCAAGUCGGUCAAAUCCACUUUUUCCGUGACGCUCAAGAAGCUGUUCUGCCAGCUGAACAAGACCACACCGGUGGAAAUUCUGGUGAGGAAAGAGCCACCGCCAAGUUCCUUCCUCAGAGCCAUGGCGGUCUACAAGAAAACGGAGCACCUGGCCGAUGUGGUACGCCGAUGCCCCCACCACCAGAACGAGGAUGCCGCAGAGCACCGCAGUCAUCUGAUCCGAAUAGAGGGCAGCCAGAGGGUGCAGUAUUUUGAGGACGUGUACACCAAGAGACAAAGCGUGACCGUCCCCUAUGAGCGCCCCCAGUUGGGCUCUGAGAUGACAACCAUCCUGCUCAGCUUCAUGUGCAACAGCUCCUGCAUGGGAGGCAUGAACCGCAGAUCCAUCCUCACUAUUGUGACUCUGGAGACCCCUGAAGGGCUGAUUCUGGGCCGGAGGUGUUUUGAGGUGCGCAUCUGUGCAUGUCCCGGCCGGGAUCGUAAAACAGAAGAGGAGAACAACACCAAGACUCCAAAUGUCACCAAGCAAAAAAAGAAACGAAAGCGCACCCCAGCAGCGACCAGCGCCCCCGUUAAGAUGCCCAAUCCCACCUCCAGCGUGGAGGAAGAUGACGAAGACAUUUUUUAUUUGCCUAUUCGUGGACAUGAGCGGUACGAAUUGUUCAAACAAUUCAAUGAAGGCCUCGAACGUCAGGACAAGGAAAGAAAAAACAACUCCAAUGUGGUUGUGGAAGAGGAAGUACCUGUGCCUUUCAGUGGGAAGCGACUAAUGCGCAAAGGAGAGUGCAGCGACAUGAAUUAAAAAACCUGACCAUCCCCCCCCCCAAAAAAAAACUAACAAAAACAUGCAAACUAUGAUUGAAAAAGCCAGUGUGAAUUUUGUUGAACUGUUAUUAUAUCAUAUAAUAUAUAUAUAACUGUUAGCAGUCUAUUUUUUUUCAUGGAACAGAGUUACAUAUAUUGGUAGCUGUGAAAACCUCACAAAUAUACCUACUUGCUUGCAUAGUUGCUUAUGUGCUUACCUAUAUCCUAAACAUAAGGAAUGAUUUUUUUUUUUGCGCGGGGGUAAUUUACUUUUUAUUAUCUUCAAACAGGCAUUACAAAUAAACCAAAAUAUAACAAGCAGCAGGGGAGGGUCCAUUGUUUAACCCAUGUUGAGUUCACCUUUACAUUUGUGUGUUCACAUGUCCACAUAAGUUUGGUUUUCUCUAACAGGUAGCAAAUAAUUAAACAAAAUCAGGUCGAAGAGUUAAACCAUAGGUAAGCCAUUUUGACCAAUUGUCUUCAAAAUGAUCAAUUUGACCUCUCAGGGGAAAAUAGAUUCUUUCCAUAGUGUAUAUACAGUACACAACAUCGUUCCAGUCAUUUAUGGUAGGUAUAUCUAUUUUCAGCCAUUUUCUGGUCAGGAUCUUCUUAGAUGCUACUAACAAUUGUCUUAACAGAUAUUUAUCCCCUUUGCAUAUUUAAGUUCUCCUAGGUCACUGAGGUAUAAGGUUUUAAAGUUGGAGCAAAUUUUAAACUUUUGAAAUCGCCUCCAGGAGGAUAUGGACAAUCCCCAAAAUUAUGAAAGUGCUUUGCCACAGUAUUUCCACAAGACCUCCAGCAAUCAAUCUGAACAAACUAUUUCAAAUGUCUAUCAGACUGAAAGUGGGAUCUGUUGUUUUAUUAAAUGUGUGCUUUGGAUCAUUGUAUAGCUAAAAGUUGAAGUACCGCUUAUCCUUCAGGUCUUUGCGGACCAUGGCCUAUGCUGUAAGAUGUGACAACCAAAAUUUCAGGAAAAGCCAACUAGAACACGUUAACUUUAUUUGGGGUUAAUCAUAGGCACUUGAAAUAAUGGCAGGUGUGUGCUGACUCCCAUUUAACUGGACUUUCAAUGCGAUUGGCAAAUUUUGAACAGAGGGUGUGCACACUUGUGCAACCACAUCUAUUUUUACUUCCCCUGGUACAUAAAGAGUCAUUUUUGUUCCAAUGGAGUUGUGCAGGUCACAUUAAUGAUGGUACAAUUUUGUAUUUGUCCGAUUUUUUUUUUUUUUUUUACAUCACAUAAAUCUGGCAUUGGAACAGA